UUGCCCGCCCCCGCCCCCCUCCGGCGCAGUUUUUCGCAUGACGCAACGGUUGGAGCCGGAGGAAGAAGGCGUUCGCGAGCCGCGGGAGCCGCCGCCAUUUUGUGCGUGCGUUUGUGAGGCGAAGCGGGUGGGCUGAGAGAGAAAUAGACGGAGGAAAAGCGGCUUGGCGGAGGAAAACGGCGGCGGCCUGCGAAGCUUCCUGCUUGACGAGGACGCGGCGGCGCGGAGGAUGAGCCAGAAGAGGCCGGCAAGGGAGUAGCAGCGGGCACCGGCGACAUCGACAGCCGCAGGGGCGGGAGAGAGGCGCUUAGUGUGUGUGUGAGGGGGGGAGAAAAAGCAAAGAGAGAGUGAGGGGGUCGGCCUGUGUCCCCCCCUUCCUUUUUCUCUUCUCCGGAGGGGCUCGCCCGUUCCCCCCGCGCGGCCUCUGGCGUGUGGGGGACGAGAGAAUAAUGUCGGGCGGCGGCGGCUCCAGUAGCAGCAGCUCCAGCAGCAGCUCCAGCGCGGCCUCGGAGGGGCCCGUGGGCGGCGGCGGCGGCGGCGGCAGCAGCGGGGAAGACGCCUGCCGCGACUACCAGUCUUCGCUCGAGGACCUGACCUUCAACAGCAAGCCGCACAUCAACAUGCUGACCAUCCUGGCCGAGGAGAACGUGCAACACGCCAAGGACAUCGUCUCGCUGAUCGAGGCGCAAGUCGCCAAGGUUUUUAUACACUCUACGCCGAAUACGCUCUCUCUACCUACCCCCACCCCCUCUACCUACCUACCUAGCUACUUAACCUACCCACCCAAGGCUCCUGCCAUAGCUCUAGGGCCAGAUCUCAGCAAAAAACCCAACCCCACCCCCACCCCGCAAACAAACACACCGCCAUAUUAUUUUUCUAGACCUCGUGUGUGUGUGUGUGUCGUGUGUAUGAGAGGAUAGAGUUCAGGGAUUUCCCCCCCCCCCCCGGGGUUAGUGGCGAAAAUGGGAAGGGGAAGGCAUACUAGGGAUCAGGCCUAGGAAGGAAAAGCAGUGGGGGGAGGGGUGGUUGGGUAUGUUGCGGGAGGGGAAGGAAGUCAACGGCCUAUGGCUGUUGGGGGGGUACAGCCAACCUUAGUAGUAUUUAUUAUACCUUAGAGAAGGAAAGGUCAGAGGAAGGGUGGUUGUUUUUUUGUUUUCUGCGGGAGGGCGAGUUUAUUUACUCACGCGCAUUUUAAGAGCAUAUGACGAUCCCGUGGUGUUUUCUUUAGCCCAAGUACCUCCCUCGAAAAGAGGCUGCAGUAAAUAAAAAAUUGGCUCUAAAUUUUUUGCAAAUAAAGCCAAUAGUAAAAGCUUUAUUCUAGAAGUCGGAGUGGGGAGGGGAAAACCCACUCUAGUAUAGGCUAAAGGCAGGUGAACGUGUCAGCCGUAGAUCCUGGGGGGUGGGUUAUGGUGGGGAGAGCUCUUGAUCUAGUCGGAUUGGGGGAGCUGCAAGGAAGUGCUUGGGGGUAACAUGAAGGUGGCUUUGGGAUUAGGAUCAGAUAGUGGACAGUCUGGGCAUUUUGAAAUUGUGGCAAAGGGAAUCCCUCCCAGCUUUGGGAAGAAAGAUAGGGCAUGGGUUUUGAGGAAGGCAGCAUUAGAAAGGUAGGAAAAGAUCUAGGUGGAGCUGGAUUGAAACAGAAGGAAAUAUUAGCUGAACGUAAAGAGGAAUAUUGAUAAAUGGGGGGGUAGGGAUGUGAAAAGACAGUGAAGCAUAAGGUAAAGCCUUCUUCGGAAUAUGGGGAAAUGAAACAGCCUGGUAGAGGGAAGUCAGGUGUGUGUGUGUGUGGGAGUGCCAGCUGUUUAUUGGCAGUAGCAGAGAGUGCAAGGAAAUCUGGAAGAGCACCACAAAUUUGAAUGUAAGGCCUGAUUCCCUUCCCUAUCCCCCUCAAGCAGUUCAGGAAAUGUUUGUUGGGUUUCACAACAUGGCGGCCUGGCAGUGACUGUGCAGCGAUAGCCGUGCUUUGCCCUGCAGUUUGUGCCUCCACAAGUAACAUGUUUCAACCUUAGUUCAAGUUAGCUGCACCACAAUAUUUUGUCAUUUUUCUUAAUCGUUUAGCAGUAAUCAGGCUAAAGGAGAUAAGGCUUUACAAUCAAGGAUUCCUUUAUAUCACAUAAGCCCCCUUUAUUUUAUUCUUUUGAAAUAGAUGAUGUUGGGGUGCUCCUGAAUUGCUCUGAGUAAUAGAGGUGUGCCAAAUUAGAAGGAUGCAUGUGCCUGUGUGUAUGAUCCACUCCUUGUUAGAGCAGCCCAUUCAUUAAGGCAGGGAAACAAGUGUUCCACCCUGUCUGAAGGAACCGCAGCUGCCUGUACAAUCCCAACAUGGCGCCAGUGAGGCAUAUUAUACAAAAAGAAAGAGUAGACUCCCAAUCCAGUCAUUUUCUGAUAGAAGUCAGCUGGCUACAUGUGGUUUAGGAUUUAUAACACCUUUUCCCUGGGGGGCCCCUUUCAAACCUCAUUUUAAAUAGUGAUAGAGUAACAUCCCUAUUCCAGUUAAUCUCAGUUAUUGCUCAUCUUCCUCUCCCUCCCACCUCCCUUGGCUUCUUCUAGGUUACUGGGCUUUUUAAUUGCUAAUUUAAUCAGGGGUUUAAGAUGAUUUAAAAGUAAAGUAAAAUUUAAAGGUCUAAUAGGGAAGGCUGUUUAAAAUGUAGGUUGGUUAACUACAUCGUAUUCUCCAGACACUUUCCCAUACUUAUUCUUAAUGUUUUCGGUUUCUCUGUUCAUGACUGGAACUAGGUAACACACUAUCAAUUCCAGUACUGUUAUCUUAGAGUGGGGUGAGGGUGGUUACAUACCCCUUAAGUGUAUUUAAAGAUAUCUACAACCUGUGCUUCUAAUUAGAUUUGCCUAGCUGUCAUUAGUGGCCAGGAUGAAACAAGAGAUUUGAGUUCUCUGAAAACCACUUUUGAAGGAAAGUGUUGUCUGGGGACAGUUUCUAUUUAGUGUAAACCAGAGUGGUUUUUAUUACAUUUUUAAAUAAAUGACUUUGAAAUGUGUGACUGGUAUUCCUAAAAUGUAAAUAAAAUGUAUGAAAUAUGUAUUUGUCUUUUUAUUUACCGGGUGUAGUGCAGAAUCUGUUUCCAAGUGUUAAAUUAUUCUACGGCCUGGGUACAAUGGAGUUAUGAGGAAGGCUCAACCUUUGGUGAAGUCCAUCAAAAAUACACAGACCCACACAUUAUCAACACUCAUUUAUGACGUUUGAAGGAGUGCAGCAAGCAUUCUUUUGCAAACUCUGGGCAUGGUUUCACUGCAGAUAGGCUUGAGGUUAAUUUACCUUCAGUUUCUUAGUGGUUUGUGUUGCCUUCCUGCCUUCUGCAACUGCUGGAUAAUCUCUAACUUGGGUUUGUCUCUAUUUGAGGGGUGGACCUCCAACAUCCCACUGCGCUUUCUUUUAGAGACUAAUGGGGAAGUAUGGUAACUGAAGUAUGGUUCGCAAAAGUGGCAUUCAAUUCGUUAAAAGGUGGGGGUUGCUUCCUAAUUCCUAAAACCAGAUCCUGUUACAGGCUUGCUGCCUUAUUUCACUAUAGCUUCACAUGUUGUUUUCACACCACGUGUGAGCAUAUGAUGACAUAUUAUACAUAUGCAGCAGUUUUGCUGUUCAUAUUUAAAGAUGGAAAAUAGAACAUAACUUUUGGGAAUAAGAACUUUAAAGUCAGCUGUGUUUCCUUGCUAGCUGUCAUUGGAAGUCUGAGGAUAACACAUACGGGGUUUUAAAAAGGAUACAGGUGUCCCAUGUGCCUUCCCAAGCCCUAUUGUAGCGCGUAAAAUCAGAUCUCUAUGUACAUAGCCCAGUUUUCAUUUCCAAGCUGUUGGGGAGUUAAUCCUUACAUGCCCUGUAUGCCUUGUCUGGUGGUCUUGUGUUUCAUAUGAAGGCAUACUUCCCUCCAUUAUUAUUUUGUCACUAUAUGCAAUUUGGUAGAGGCCCCACCUGGUUGAAGACUUACUGGUAUAAUUCUCCCUUGAAGCAAAUUUCAGAUGAAAUGGUUUCCAUAUCUUUGGGCAUAAAAAACUCAAAGCCACACAUUUUAAGGGUGCAGAUAAAUCAAGGGUGGUUCAGGUUUUCUCACAAUUUAAAAAAUAAGUUGCCAGAGUUUUCUGCAAAUUUCUUCACAAUUUAGUGGGGAAAAUGCUAGUUUUAAGGACAGGCAAGGACAAUAUCAUUUGGACAAUGGAAUUUUUACAGUUAUUGCAGACCCUGUGAGUUGCCAGAUGUUAAACUGCACAGAAAUACUAGCUUUUUUUCUUAAGAGUUGUUGGGUGGUAAAUGGGAAUUAAGUUACCCCUGUUGAAACGGAAGACAGUUAAUAAGCAAUUAUCCUUCCCAACAAGUCUUUAUAAAUACACGUUGAUGCUUUCUGGAAGCUUGCUGCCAUUUCCUGAUAUGGAUGAGACAUUAACAUUCAUUUUGAACAGAACUUGAGAAGGCUUCCAUUUUCUUUGGACAUGCAGCCACAACGGCACACAGUUUGCGCUGCACGGACUUGGGGCCCGUCUUAUGUAUGGCGAAAAAAUCCAACUUGGCUCCUUGGGCAUUGAAGAGUGUCCAGACUUGAAGACUGCCUUCCGUGCCAGUCUUUGGUUCCAGUUAUAAUCCCGACUAUUCAACACCAUAGCUUCAUUAUGGAUUUAUACUCUUCUUUUUUUGGCUCGGGUUGGAUGGUUUGAAUAUAGCUUUGAGAGCAUCUGAGUCGAAUUGCUUCAACUGGUCAGACUUGGUGACAUAGCAUUUUUUCUGGAUUGCAGCAAAGUAACUUCCAGAUAUGGCUCACUCAGACAUCGGUAUUCACCAUUGGUCCAUGUGCUUGGAAUCCCCCCUAUUUAUGGGACUUGCAAAUCUUUUAAGUUAUUCCAUGUCCUUCCUUCUAGAGAUCCCAGCAGAAGCUAGUGUGUGUUUAAAUAGAGUAUAGUAUGGUUGGUUUGGAUACCCCUAACCAUAACAUGGGCCAGUUCUUUCUGCCAUUGCAGAGGUUGAGUAUCCCCUCCUCUUAAAAAAAAACACUCUACCAAAUAGAGCUAAACUCUUUGGGGGGCGGUGCGGUGUUGAGCUUGUUAGCUUAUGAAAACAACCUUUUACACAAUAAUUGUUCCAAAAUAAAGAUAUGGUGGGUUGGGGAAUGGUAACUCUAAAUUAAAAGAGAAAUCAACAUGUUUUUGUUUUAACUAAAAGUCUCAAGUUUUCUUCUUAUUACUCCAGGCUCCUUCUAAUGAGAAACUUCCUGUUAUGUACCUUAUGGACUCCAUUGUCAAGAAUGUUGGGAGAGAAUAUCUUGCUGCGUUUACUAAAAACCUAGUUGCAACAUUUGUUAAUGUGUUUGAAAAGGUAUAUAUACAUAUAUAUGUGCUUUUAUAAUCGUUUUCAAAAUUGUUGCUGUAUAAAUAAAUAACUUGACACUCAGUCUUGGGUUUUCUUGGGUACUAAGUGCAAAGAAUGCAGUAGGACCUUUCAUAUUUAGACUAUUCACACUCCAGUUAUAUUAAGAAAACAAGGUUUUAAAAAAGUGUAGCAGUACAUAGUUGGAAAUGUGUAGAGCAUAUCCAGAGUGAGAAGGCCUGUAUUAGAAAACUGUUUGAUCUUUAGCUCUGCCAUUUAUUACAAUGCUGAACUUUUCAUGCAUAAGAUAUUUUAGCCUUGCAGAGAAAUCAGUGACCUUGUGUGUGUUUGCAUACACUCUUAACACUUGUCGUUUUGAUUAUACAAUACGUUAUGUUUUCAUUCAUUUAUAGUAGUGUAUGCAAACAUUAGAUACUUAAAUGGAACCUGCCUGCCAAGAGUUCUGAAAGUUUAUAUUUUGAUAAUGAGCACCUUUCAUUAUCUGACUCCCAACCUUUUCACUUCUGCAGUCUUUUUAUGUUUCACUUUAAUUUCUGAGCAAUUGCUUGUGGCUGGGAUUUCUCAAACUGGGUUGGCCAGAGGAUUGGGGUGAUUUAAAAAAAAAAUACAGAAUGCAUAUUUAUAAUUUUUAUGUGAACAGUUUUACAUAAAUCAUUAAAGGAAAUAAGAAUAUGCCACUUGAAUUAAUUAGCGUUCCCCAGUGCUGUUUAAUAAAGGGUUGGAAUUGCUCAAAACAAUUGGAUUAGUGCUUGCUUCCCUUUAUCAAGUUUUGUUUAAUCUUAAAUCUCUUAAUGAUACUAAUAAAAAUUGAGACAAACCCUUGUGACCCUGUUUAAGCCAUACAUACUUUCUGACUGGUAGUAUGGAGCUUUAGCUGGAGAAGAAUUAAUAUAUUUUGAGACAAGAUUGAGCUAUUUAACAGCCUAAUCUUAGGCAUUUUUGCUCAGUAUAUUUCAGCUUCAGGAUUUGCUUGGGAGUAAGUGCAUAAGAUUGUAUCAACGCAGUAGUCACUGAAUUGCCUGUAUUGGAUUUAUAUCUUUACCAGGAAUAGUAGAUGCAGUAUGAAAACAUUGGGAAAUGAAAAUUAUCUGCAUAUUAUACUAUUGAACUUGUUCUGUGAACUGCCUUGAUGGUUGAGUUGGGAUAAUACAAAAUGUAAAAAUAAAAAGAUACCAUGGCUGUGUCUAUAACACAUGUGGAGGGUUUACUGUUUUCAAAUGUAUAUGGUACUGUGCAAAUCACAAUAUGUUGGACCUGGGGGCAAGUACAUCACGGUACUGGCAGAAGCUGACUUCUAUGUCGAGAAAAUACUCCAAUGAGGGUCAAGGAACCCUGCUGAAUGGGAUAGGUUGUUCACAGGGGAUUGAAGAAAUACGGUUAAGCCCACCUCAUUCAGCGUGAUUCCCUAACCCAUAGCAUUUUAAGGAAAUCGGCUGCUGCUAGUUCUGUUAUGUGUGCUUAUCUCUUAAUCCAUCCCGUUACAUGGAGGCCCACAGUCCAUCGUUCACCUGUGUGCACCUGAUUUCUACUAAUUUCAGUGGCACUUCAGUACACACAAAUGAGCAGGAGUACAGCUUUAGAACACAGUAUCUGGUCUUGAGUUGUAGAAAGAAGCAUAACAAAUGUUUUAUUAACUUAACAAGCCAUAGAAUUGUUCUGUUCUUCUUAGGUGGAUGAAAAUACUAGGAAAAGUUUAUUUAAAUUGCGUUCCACGUGGGAUGAAAUUUUCCCUUUGAAGAAACUCUAUGCCCUUGAUGUCCGGGUGAAUUCAGUAGACCCUGCUUGGCCAAUUAAACCUCUACCCCCUAAUGUGAAUACUUCUAGCAUCCAUGUGAAUCCUAAGUUUUUAAAUAAAUCGGUAAGUUUCGACAACUAAAUGCUGCUUUAAACUAUGUUUAUAUGCGUUUGUGUUCAGGCCUUUGAAUUUCGCAUGCUUUGAGGUGACAAGAAAGGACUGGUAGUUAUGGUAGGGAUUGUACUUUCAAAACAUAAAUGAGGUGAAAGCAUUAAACUUACGUUAAAAGUCUGACAUUACUUAUGCAUUCUAAUUUAAAUGUACAAAAAUGAAGAAUUUUAAAACAAUGGAACAUUUCUAGCUUUGAGUUAACUGCUGGUUGCUUUGCCCCACAAAUAAGAAUCGUGUUCUUUACCAUUUUCUUGGUAGCCUGAGGAACCACCUGCACCUAGCCCUGCAGUCUGUCCUCCUCCUGUGUCCUGUUCUGCUGUGUCCGCUACUCCAGUUGUUCCUGAAAUACAAAAGAAUUUGACUCAAGAGCAGCUAAUAAGACAACAGCUACUAGCAAAACAAAAACAGUUGUUAGAACUUCAACAGAAAAAAUUAGAACUGGAACUAGAGCAGACUAAAGCACAGCUGGUGAGUAGGAUAGAAAUGACUGCUGUAGCAUGUCGGCAAGCAAAGCAAAACAUGACCAGUGUUUGUCACUAGCCCAUUUCAGUUGUCUUUAUUUGGUGGAGCCUUUGUUAAGACUAUUAAAUUUGAUUGAUCUGUGGGGCAAGCCGCAAUACAGAUUGUAACCUUUCUUUCAUACGCUCAACAAGUUAAUAAAAAUAGGAAUAGGUUUUUCUACCAUGUUUUGAGGUUAUCAUUAAUUUGGACACAUGGUUUAGCGCCCUCCACAAAAUUCACAUCAGUCCCAGCCAGCAUAGCCAAUGGCAAGGGAGGCUGAGAGUUGUAGUGUAGCAACACCUUCAUGGAAUCAUAAGGGUUGGAAGGUACCCAAGGGUCAUCUAGACCAACCCCCUGCAAUUCAGGAAUCUCAGUUAAAGCAUCCAUGACAGAUAGCCAUUCAACCUUGAGGACACAAUGUUUACUACCUCUAUUGUCAUGGUAAAACGUAUAUGUUGCACUUGGUCCGUGAAUCGCACUUCCGUGUAUAGCAAAUUCCACACCCCUGGCUGUUGUUUAGUAGAACCCAGGGCUUGAGAUUGGGACCAUCACAUUGUGAGUUUUCUUCCAUGCAAGUGAAAAGCAUUGACAUCAAAUACAUGACCAUGGGAGAGGUUUGAUACCCCACAGGUAUUUAUUACCGUAGCAAGUGUCACGUAUAGACUAGCUCACAAGUAACCACAAAGGGUUUUCUUCCGGAAUCAAUUUGUGUGUGGUGUCAUAUUUUGUGAUGUGUUAAUCGUUCAUGGUUUGCUUGCGGUGUAAACCUGCAGCCCUCCAGAUGCUGUUGGACUCCAAGUCUCAUCAGCCUCAAGCCAGCAUUGCCAAUGCUCAGGAAUGGUAGGAGUUGUAGUCUCAAUAUCUGGAGGGCCACAUGUUCCCUGCCAUCCCUGUUUUGAAGACAGGAUUGCAGAGCAUGUUCUAAUGUCAAGAGGUUUCUAUACUAUGCUUAUGUCGGCUACAGAAAUACCGUUUAUGCCCUUUAAGUAUAAUUUAUCAAAAAACUAAAAUGGUUUAAAAAUACGUAUAUUGGAAAUACUGCAUAAUUUUCCAUAAUUUUAUAGGGCAAUGGACGUUUAUUGAUUCAUACCUUGUAAUUAUUGACCUUCAGUUGAAGGAACCUAAAAUACCCUUACAAUCUGAGAUAGGAAAUGAUUAGUAUAUUCUUUAACACAUUCACAGACAUCAUGAGUAUUGCAAGAAAAUUCUAAAAUAGAGAGGCUUAUCCAAAAAGCUAGUAACUUAUAUGCCUUUUAUUGCAAGUUCUCUUUUCUAUAUAAUUAGAACUCAAGAAUUAGUCCAUACUUUCAAACCUAUCCUUGAAUUUUUAUGCUGUACAGUAGGUAAGGUUUUUUAAGUGCUACUGUUGUAAAUACUUGCUCCUUUUUUAUUACCUUAUGUUUCAGGCGGUUUCUCUUAGUGGUCAGCAAAGUGGAUCCAGCUUGAGUCAAGCAUCUGUGAAGCCACAUGUUCCACAACCAUCUCACAUGCCAGUUAAAGCUCCUCAUCAAGUUUGUCUGCCACCUGAAAAAACCCGUCUCUCUCCACUCCAUGAUGUCAAAACGGCCAACAGAGAUCCUCGUCUUAAUAGAACAAGUCAACAUUCUUCCCAUUCUAAAGAUCAAAGUCAUAGGAAAGAUUUUACAGUUAGUCCAGUCAAUCAGGCUGAUCCAAAGGUCAGCAAAACACUACAGGCUGAAAAACAAAGUACAUCAAAGCAAGAAAGACAAAAACAGAAUGAGAAAUCUCAAAAGAAAGAGUUUGAUCAAUUUGAUUCAAAACUGAAGUCUCCUUCUCCCUUGCAGAACAAGCUGCUUCAUGCUAAAGAUACUAGAAACCAAGAAAGUGAGAACACCAGGGUAUCUGAAAUAAGCAAGAGAGAUCCAAGAUUGAAAAAACAUCUUCUAGAGAAGCCAGAUGGUAAAGAUGAUGAUCUGAAAGAAAAGAGGAGAUGCAUGGAGAGAAAAGACAAAGAAGAGCAUAGACCAGUCAGUGGUAGAACCAAAAUAAUUAAUGGCAUUGUCCAAAAGCAAGAUCCCAAUACUGAAGAGUCAGAGAAACAGGUUGGAAAGCUAGGAAGGUCGGGUACCAGGAAAAGGUCACGUUCCCCUAGAUCUCGGUCACCAUCUUCCCAUUCUCCAAAACGAAGAGACAGGAGGUCACCCAAAAGACGGCUCAGGAGUCUCUCUCCUGGACCUAAAACUGCAAAGUCUCGGGCGUCGGGACCAAAGCAAUCCCACGCAGAGGACUUUGGGCAGGCAAUACGGGAAGAAAGGAGCUCUAACAAAAGGAAGCAGGAAGUGAGAGAUUCAAGGAGGCCGAAGAAAACUCAUGAAGACCGACCGCAGGAAGGAAUGAACUUGCAUUCUUCAAAAGCAAACUCGGAACCUAAGGAGAAUGUGGAGAACUGGUCAAGUUCCAAGUCAAAUAAAAGGUGGAAAUCUGGUUGGCAAGAAAAUAAAAAGUAAGUUGGCAUUUAUGAGGCAAAUUUAAUUUGCCAUCGUAGGUAUAGAUCUGAAGUUACUGCCAAAGAAUAACCGUGUUGGUAUGAUGCUAAAGCAAAAGUGAAAUAGUUGUUUUUAUCACACUAUGUUGGGAGAUUGUGUCAAGUUAACAUUCUUGCUUCUGUGGAUUUCAGCCCCCAGCCAACUGAAGAACACCAAGGACUUUCUAAAUCACCUCAUCAGAGGCACAGGGACACCUGGGCAACCAGUAGUAAAGGAGUUACAUCACCUCGCACACCAAAGCAGCAACAUAGAUUAAGUGUGGAUGCGAAUUUGCAGAUUCCGAAAGAACUGGACUUGGCGAACAAGAGAGAGUUACUUAAGAAGGUAACAUGUAUUAACUUUUUAUAGAUUCACAUAUUCUUUCCUAACAGCCUUCCAAAUUUAACUCUUUAACGUUUUCUCUUGUCACAGGCUAAUGAACAACUGUCAUCUGGAGAAAUAACGCAAGAUGAGUUUCUUGUUCUGUGCCAUCAGAUUCGCCAAAUUAUCCAGUAUCAGGAAGGAAAACACAGGUGCAAUGUUUGGGAUAGUCCCACAGGUGAAAAGGGAAUUUCGAAAAAGAAGCCCCUGUUGUCUGAUGCAGAUUUAAUAUAUCAUGAGCAUAAAGCUAAGCUAAAAAGAACGCAAGUUCAGCAUUCAUUUCCGAGACUCAACAUGAUGGAUCCUGAAGAUAUUUUACUUGAGAGACACUUGAAUGAGACAUUUCUUUCUGGAAUGGAUUGCGAACAAACAAAAAGCAAAUCGGGGAGUCAAUUCAGUGAAAGAUCAAGGCGGCAUUCCCCUGUUGGUAGUAACAGACCAUAUUCUGAAAAUUCACCUCAUGACAGCCGGAGAAGACACGAUGAGUCCAACUCCUCCAAAGGUACAAGGAGCUUCAGGGAAAAUACCUCCAUUAUCUGUAUUAUAGUUAGGGAAAAUCAAGAGACUGUAAAUAUUUUCUUGGUUUUCAGUAGAAGUGCAGCAAAAAUAUACUGGAGUUUUCAGGUUUGAUAAUUUUGGGGAAAUACUUCUCACAGUGCUGUAGAUUUGCUUUGUAUACUACGCUUUCUAUACUAUACUACUGCCUUCAGGCAGUAACAGUGCUGUUUUGUUUUGUUUUAAAGGUAUUCGAGAUGAGCGGAGGUCUCCAUUCAAUGAACAUUAUAAGAGAGCAAGAUACGAAGAACCAGAAAAACAAUUUACUGAGAAUACAGGAUCACGAUUUGGGGUUUCGGAUGGAAAGCAAAGAUUUAGUUCACUGAUGGAGGAAAGAUCUCAUUUUGAGGGCUCCCCUAGACAUCCUGGAACAAGGGCAGGUGGAGAUGGACAAGGAACUCACUUUGAAGGGCUGGCUAAUGCAAGUUCUAGAAUUGAAGCACCACAACCACAGACUAAUUUAAGGUUUGAGGGAUCCCUAGGCCAGCCAGCAUCUCAGUUUGACGGGCCCCCAGGACAAUCUGGAGGAAAAGGUUCUAUGUUCGAUGGACCAGCACAGAUGGGUGGUGGUCCCUUGAGGUUUGAAGGGCCCUCAGGGCAAGUUGGUGCAGGGACUGCUAUACGGUUUGAGAAUCCUAUGGGACAGCCAGGGGGAGCGUUGAGAUUUGAGGGGCCCACAGGCCAGUCGAUGAGUGGUAUAAGAUUUGAAGGGACCCAUGGUCAGCCCUCAGGUGGGAUAAGGUUUGAAGGACCUCAUGGCCAGCCAUCUGCUGGGAUUAGGUUUGAGGGACCACAUGGUCAGUCAUCUGGGAUCAGGUUCGAGGGACCACACGAUCAGCCUUCAGGUACUAUGAGGUUUGAUGGCCAGCCUUCCGGUGGAAUGAGGUUUGAAGGUCCACAUGGCCAGCCUUCAAGUGGGAUAAGGUUUGAAGGGCCUCAUGACCGUCCUGUGGGGCCUCAUGGUCCCCCAGGAGGUGGAAUGAGGUUUGAAGGCCCCCAUGGCCAACCUAUGGGGCCUCAUGGUCAGCCAGCGGCUGGCAUGCGAUUUGAAGGACCUCAUAUGCAGCCAAUGGGACCUCUUGGCCAGCCAGGAGGCAAUUUGCGCUUUGAAGGUCCACAUGGACAGCCUAUGGGUCCGCAUGGGCAGCCAGCAAGAUUUGAAGGUCCUCAUGGACAGCCUAUGGGGCCACAUGGGCAGCCUUUAGGGCCACAUGGUCAACCAGGUGUUGGUCCCAGAUUUGAGGGGCCUCAUGGUCAGUCUGGGAUUGGUCCCAGGUUUGAGGGGCCUUCAGGCCAGGCUGGAGGUGGACUUAGGUUUGAAGGACCUAUUAACCAAACAGGGCCAAGGUUUGAUGGCUGUCAUUCAAGAUUUGAUGGUCAACCUGGUCAGCCAUCACUUAUGCAAAGACUGGAUGGAUUACAUGUGCAACCUGGUCCAAGGUUUGAAAUGGGCCCUGCUCAGCAGACACAACCUCGGUUUGAUGGUCCUCCGGGUCAGCAGAUACCCCCAAGAUUUGAUGCACCAAUACCUCAACGGUUUGAAGAUCCUAAACACCAGCAGGCAACACGAUUUGAUAUUCCUCUUGGUCAUCAAGGUCAAAGAAUUGAAAAUGUAGCUAAUCAUCCUGCCUCAAGACUCGAAACACCACCUUAUGGACAAACUGGCCCUUACAAUGAACCUCCCAAUCAGCCACCCUAUAAUGCGCCAUCACAAGGAAUGCAAUUCCAGAGAACUGAGCAAAUAUUUGAUAACCCGCAAGGACCAAACUUCAAUGGGUCACCUGGUUCUGGAGCACAGAACUUUCCUAACACUAUUAACAGGGCACCUGGACCUUACUAUGAUGACAAGAACCUUCAGUAUGGAAAUUUCAGUGGUAUGACGGGAAAUGUUCAGCAGCCUCAGCAGGUAAGGGGCUUUCAAGACUUAAAUUGAUCUUAUACUUGUUCAUAUAUAAUAUGCUUGUUCUUUUCUGCAUGUUCAGUAACAGGAGAGUGUUUCAUGUAUAUGUGUGUGUAGAUAUAGAUAUUUGUUCAUGGCAGGUAGGGCUAAGUUAGGGUUGCCAUAUUUUAGAAGGUGAAAAUGUGGACUCAAAAGUUUGGGGGGGGGGGUUGCGGGGGGGAGUUGAGUUUUUGUUGUUUUUGGCCAAAGUUAUUGAGAGAGAGAGUGUGUGUGUAAGGGGGGAAAUCAAAUAAUGAUAGUCAAAUUAGUUAUUAUUACAUGUAUAUCUUACGUUUCCUGUAAGGAGCUAUGGGUGGCAUAAUCCCCCUUGCCAUUUUAUCCUCACAAGCAACUCUUGCCUGACACUUAGGCUCAGCUUAACUUAAGUCACCCAGUGAUCUUCAUAGCAGACUGGGAAUUUGAAUCAUGGUCUCCCGUGCCCUAGUCCAACACUCUUAAGCACCAGCGUGCUUGUAUAGCUCUUGGAAUUUGAGGUACUUCUUGGAAGCACAACGAAAGCCAAUAUUUUGCUAACAUAUUUAACAAUAUGUAUAUGAUAACAUAUACAAUAUAUGUAUAUAAUAGAAUAUACCACUUAAUAGAAAAACCUGUUAAAUGGUUUACAUAAAAUAGUACAAAGUUUUAAUUAAAAAUACAGAUCAAAUCAAACUUUAAAAAUAAGUAGAUGUACUAAAAUUUACCAAAUAAAGAUAAAAUGAGCAGUUUUGAAAGAAAUACUUAAUAUUAAUAUAGAUGGAGCACUUUGUCCCAGAAAGUGGGUUGAUUUAAUCUGGUUUUAGUAUUAAUGCUUAAAGUUUUAUUUUUAUACUGUUCACUUCAUUGAUAUUUUACUUCUGUAAAAUAGAGUCGUGCUGUGUUGUAACUAAAUGCAAAACCAAACACCAUUCAUUGAUUUGGAAUUUAACAGUGAAAUAGCUGAAUAUUCUGACUAAAACAGCAUUUGCCUCUUGGCAGGUUCCUGUUAUGUCGGUAGCAUCUACUCAACCUGUACCUUACAAUCCAGGGCAGCCUCUCUUAGCAGCUCAUGCACAAAAUCCUGGAAGCUUUGUCCAAAAUCAACCAGGUCAGUAUUUAAAGGGUGAGUUGUUGUUUUUUGUCCUUUUGCUAAAACGUUUAUCAGCUGCCAACGAGGCAGCUGUGGAGAACCUUUGACAUUCCAGAUGUUCCUGAACUACAGCUCUCAUCAUUCCUGACCAUUGGCCAUGCUUGCCGGGGCUAAUGAAUGCUGUAGUCCACCAAUAUCUGGAGAGCCAAAUAAAGGAGAUUUUGCAUCAAUCCUGAACAAACCUCAGAUUUGCCAGGGCUACUUCCCUAUUUACUAUAACCCCAAAGUUACUCAACUGGAGCCAUGUCAAAAUAAUGGUUGGAGUUGAGGAGGGGGAACCAGGUGCAGAACAGUUGCCACUUGGUUAGGGAAUGUUACCUACUGUAUCUCAUGAGCUAUAUCCUGAAAUAAAAGAUAAGGAAAGGGAACGUAAAAUGUUUUGGACUGUGAACCAUAUGAUCCUGUUUAAGUCUUAGAGCUAUUUGAAAGUAGUGUCAUUUUUUGUCCCAUUUUUAGGGAACGCUCCGCUUUCCUAUCCUGAUAAUCAUCUUGGACAACUUGAUGUAAAUGAAUUAUUCUCAAAACUACUUUCUACAGGGAUUCUCAAAGUUUUACAGACUGAUUCAACUUCAGCUCGUAAGUAUAACUUUUACCUUUUUGUUCUGUGAGGAAUAGUUAAAAUGUUAAAGGCUGUUAUGACAGAAGCUGGUAUGUAUGAUACUACAUAUGUUUUGUCUAAGCAUCUUGCAACAGUUAAUGGGUUUAAUAGCAGCUGCUGUUCAAAAUCAGCAGUAUUGACCUCCUCCUUUGCUACUCAGAACUGUCUAGAUUGAGAAAUAGAUCCAGUGCAUCCUGUUUUAAAGGCAUAUAAUUGGGAAUAGCUUUUGUGUUUUGCUUUUUAAAGUCAAGAUACAAAGUUGGAGGAAUUGAAAGAAGUUUGCCACGUGUGUUACUAAUAUAAAUAAUAAUUUAUUUGUACCCCCCACAUCUGACUGGGUUGUCCCAGCCACUCUGGGCAGCGUCCAGCAUAUAUAAAUACAUAGUAAAACAUUAAACCUUGAAGAGCUUCCCUGCCUUCAGAUUUUUCCUAAAUUUUAUAUAAUUACUAUCUCCUUAACAUCUGAUGGGAAGGCAUUCCACAGGGUGGGCGCCACUACUGAGAAGGCUGUCUGCCUGAUUCCCUGUAGCUUCACUUCUUGCAGUGUGGGAACUGCCAGAAGGCCGUCAGAGCUGGAUCUCAGUGUCCGGGCUGAGUGAUGGGGGUGGAGACUCUGAACCUUGCUAUAAUACAGGGAUGGAGAACCUCUGACUUGUGGGUCUGGUUAGGCCUGCCAGACCAUUUUAUCCCGGCCCCCCUGCUUGGCACCUGACGUCAGUUGAUAGUUCUGUGGAGCACUUUGCACUUCCCCGUCCCCUGUUAACAAUACAGUAAUCACUAGGGACAGAGAAGUACUGUCGUGUUUUAGACCUGCCUGCAUUAAUUUGACAACGAUGCAGUUUUGAAAGCACACGCUUUGGCCCAGUACUGACAACGUACCUCAUUUGUUUAGAAGUCAGUGAAGUUUCUGCCCAGCCAGCUCCAGAGGAGGAAGAGGAGGAUCAAGACCAGACUGAGGAUCAAGAUGUCCCAGACCUAACUAACUUCGUUAUAGAAGAACUAAAGCAGUAAGUAUAUUUGUUGGGGCGGGUGGGUAACACAGAAUGUACCUAGGCAUGUCAUGUUGACUUAAGUAAGCCAUUUAACAGUUUUAGAUCAAACUGUUGAUCUAACUUGAGUUUAACUGUGAAAGUCAAAUAAUUGCUGUUUUAAGGACAGUGAGAGUGCUAUAUUUAUGUGUGUGAUAAGUAUUAAAUAUAACUUUGGUAUGUCAAGCAUAUUAAUUAAAGAAUUCAGAAUUAACCACUGAUAGUAUCUUGGGAUUUAUAGGUCUCUGAUCUAGAUAAAAAGGUUUCAAGGUUUAUUGUGGGCCUUUUUAAAGUUGUGUGACAGCGUCUUGAUUCCUAAUGCAGUUCCAUAUACUGAAAGUGCUGACUGGCUUCUUCCUGACACAUUUAUUCUCUCAUUCAUGGAUGUGCAUAGCCUGCCUUGUUUUCAUGAGCUCCCAACCCCAGCUAAAUGAACAAGACCUCUAUUUCUUGGGUGGGAAAGGUGUUCCCAGUUUUUUCUUAACUUAGGUGGCAGAGUUCUUAGUCCUCCUGCCCUAGAGCCUGUUCCUUAGCAUGCAAGUUACUGAUUGGUGCUUGUUAAAUUAGAAAUUAUUUUAGCAAUCUUCCAACUUGAAAAGGUGUUUUGUCUUGUAUAUUUGCUUAACAGAAUUAUUUGAAGCUUGCAUGACUUUUUCUCCAUAAACUAAUUGCCAUAAUCUGCUGCUAACUAGUUUCUGACUUGUUUUCAGGCGUUAUGAUAGCAUUAUAAACCGGCUCUAUACUGGCAUUCAAUGUUACUCUUGUGGAAUGAGGUUCACCACUUCACAGACAGAUGUAUAUGCAGACCAUUUGGAUUGGCACUAUCGUCAGAACCGCACGGAAAAGGAUGUCAGCCGGAAAGUCACUCACAGAAGAUGGUACUACAGCUUAACAGUAAGUGACGGCUCAGUCUGUUUCACCUCAGGGUACAGAAUUAAUGUUAAAUUAAUUGCCUGCCCUGUUCCAAAGGAUUCAGGUGCAUAACAGUAAAACAAACUACCAAGAUUAUAUGCACUUAAAACAGCAUGAGCCUUCAAACACUAUCUUAAAUUCCCUCUCUGCUUCUGAAAGCUCAGCUUUCUGGAGGCACCGAGUUCCAUUUGGGCAGUGCCUCUGCCUCGAAAUGUCACCAGAUCCCUCACAAAUUGUAGUUUCGAUCCUUUUUAUAAACCUUCCCCUCUUAGAUCCUUGAGGGCACCUACUUCCUGUUUUAUAGUAGUUGGCUGCCUGUGUUCUGCCUCUGUAGCUUCCUGCUUGGCUUCACACACUUUUCUCCCUAUAUUGGCUAGUGUGGGAGCAGCGUCACAAGUUUGCCCUCUGGUGGUCAGAUGUCACAGUGUCCGCUUCUUAAAGUCUCGUGUUUGCAGAUGAGUUUUCAGGAACCUCUUUGCACUUGCAGGGGUUAAAUAUUAAAACAAAACAAAAAAUGAAAAUCUGAGAUUCCUGUGACUAAGGAAAUAGUCAUACAGAGAUAAAUAUUCUUCCCUUGCAUGCCUCAAUUAAUUGUGCACAGGUGUUGUACUACUGGUAGACUUUGGCAUAAACAAACGUGAGUGGGUGGAUUCUGACAUCUGUGCUGCACGUGAGAUUUAUGAAAAGCUUGUCACCGACGUGUUACUAGGUGAAUUGUGCACGCCCUUCAAGUUUAGCGUAUUGCUCAAGAAGCUCUAAUGGAUUGAGGAUUUUUAAAAUGGUGAUGGAUUAGUGGUUUUUUGUUUUCUUACAAGAGUAAGGAUUCGGAAGACUGUGCCCUAUAUGCUGUGAUCCGGAUCCUAAGAAACAGAACCAGAGAGGAUAAUUAAAGAUUUGUGCAGAACUGUAUUGUGGAAAGUUGAGUGAGCAGAGUAAAAGAUAGAACUCGUAGGAUCUUAAAUUGGCUUUGUCAAUAUUUUUUUUCUUUAGGACUGGAUAGAGUUCGAAGAAAUAGCUGAUUUAGAGGAACGUGCAAAGAGCCAGUUCUUUGAGAAGGUGCAUGAAGAAGUUGUGUUGAAAACACAAGAAGCUGCUAAGGAGAAGGAGUUUCAAAGUGUCCCUGCUGGCCCAGCUGGAGCAGAUGAGGUAAGCUGCCCUCGGUAAACUUGCUUCUUGGGACUGGCUUGACUCUGUAGAAAUCCUUACUUUUGUUCCUAACUAUAUUUCCAACAUUCUGCCUUAGAUAAAGAUAUGAAGUGUGCAAGUGUAUUUUAUUUUUAAAAAUCUACUGCGAAAGAUAGCUCUUUCUUUGUAGAUGCAGGUUUAUGGUAAGAAGGAUGAGUUGACAGCAAAGCUCUAUAAGCUAAAUGUGAAUUCACCCAAACUUCCUGAUCCCCACCCCCAGUUCUUGAGAAUCCCUUUUAAAACAUUCCUAUUUAUUCCUCUUAAGGUUGUAGCAGUAAUUUCAAAAGCAUGGCCACUAUGGGUUGAUACCACUUCAUACAUUUAAAGAGCAGAAUUUCGCAGUCUUAAUAUAUUGAUAAUAGCAGGACCCAGAAUUGUUGCAAUUAUACUGUACCUACCUUUUACUUGUCAUAACUUCUCUGGUGAACUGAGAGUAAAAGGACAAGUGCGCUGUUUAUGUAAAUACUGCUCUUUUAACUGCUUUCCUACAUUUCAGAGCUGUGAAAUCUGCCAGGAGCAAUUUGAGCAAUACUGGGAUGAGGAAGAGGAGGAGUGGCACCUAAAAAAUGCCAUUCGAGUAGACGAGAAGGUAAUGUUGAAUAUAUAUUUGGUGGCAGCACCGAGGAAAAACAAUGACUUUGACUACCAGGUUUUGGCUAAAUAAUCUUUCGUUUUGUGACUCAAUGAAUUUAUGACAGCGUAAGCUUUUGUGCAUCCGAUUAAAUGGACUAGUCCACUAAGCUUAUGCCACAAUAAAUUUGUUAGUCUUUCAUGUGCCCAAGACACACUCUUGCUUUUGCUGCAACAAACUAACAUAGCUGCCCCUCUAGAAAUGGUUAAAUGACUGCACUUUUAAAGCAAGCUGUGCCAAACACAGUAAAAUACAGUGGUACCUCAGGUUGUGAACUUAAUUCAUUCCGGAAGUCCUUUCUUAACUUAACAUUCCCUACAUAGGCUUCUCGCGACCUGGAAGCGGAUUGCAUUCGUAUGCACCUACUUCCGGGUUUGUGGAGUUCAUAACCUGAAGCGUUUGUAAGAAGGACUGUUCAUAACUCGAGGUACCACUGUAUUAGCAAAUGGAGGCCGAAGACUUGAGUUUGUGCAGAAGAACUAUAGAGUAUUGUGUACAGUGACUUUAGUGAAAUUUGUAAUUGUAUGAAAAAGAAAGUUGCAUUUGCUUUGCAGUGUAUUCUUCUAUGCCUUUUAAAGUAUGUAGAUAUUAAGAUUGAUUGUCUUCUCUCUCCAGAUAUACCAUCCGUCAUGCUACGAAGAUUAUCAAAAUGUAAGUGCAUUAUUUUCUGUAGGUUUAUGUAUCAGAUCUGCUAAAUGUGUUGGUUAGGUUAGUCUAUAGAUUGAAAAAAAUAGAAUGUUGUGUUUUAAAUGUGCUGUAAAGCACAUUCAUUCAUGAAAAGAGGAAGAUAUUCAGACAGGCAUCAUUAUUUCCAAAGUGUGGCAAAUAAUAAACCAGCUCUUCAAAAUAAUAUUACUUAAAAAUAACAAUAACAAUGAAUUUGGGUUUGAUGGCUUUAGGUUGCUUUUUAAAAACUUUUCCUUCUUGCUUGAGUUAGAUGUAUCAUCACAAAAAGCAUGCCUAUUGUGGAAGCAACAUUUUGCACCUGCCACUUUCAAAUCACGUUUUAAAAGCUACCAUUGAAAUGUUUUGGUAGUGCAAAUUAAUGUAUAUGGUGUUAAUUUUUACUUAUAGACCUCGUCAUUUGAUUCAACGCCAUCUCCUAGCAAGACACCUGUAGAGAACCCGCUAAAUAUUAUGUUGAAUAUUGUUAAGCAAGAAGUACAGGAUUCCUGUAACAGUCCCAAGGUAAAAGAAGAGCCUGAGGAUACGCCUGCUGAUGAUUGUAUGGAGGGGAGCUCACCCACAUUGGCCGAAAUUAAAACAGAGCCUGAGAAGGUUGAGUCAGUUUAAACUAAUUUUUUUCUAUUCCAGGGAAGAGCUGCUGUGUUCUAGCUGACUCUAGAAGUCAAAUAAUUUUUAUAUGAAUAAAGUGUUCACUUGGGGCAGGGCCCCAGCUGCUUAUUUGGUUAAUAAAUACAUUUUUGUAUUUGAAUUUCUUAUUGCCUGCACAGUGUCAGGUGUCUAUUGUGUGGAAGUUCUGUAGAAGGCAUACAAAAUUUAACAGGAAUAGACUGUAUAUGUAAGGAAAAUUGUAUGAUUUUUUCAUUUGUGGAAAUGUAAAUUAUAAAUAAAAGAUAUUUUUGCUAUCUAUGGAGUGUAAUGUUUAUGCACACCAUCCAAUAACAAUAAAAGUAUUUCGGUUUCGAACGUGUUUUAGAUGGAAUCGAACUUAGGCUUCAGUGUAAGCCUUGUGCUUAAUUAAAUUGACUUUUCAGUGGAAAUUGGAGAUGUGUUUUCUUCUUUCUUUUUUCUUGGUGUUGGAAGAAAGCUUGUUAAGGCGAAAACUGCUGUUCCAGAGGAUGUUCCUGCAAACAUUGGAUUGCUUUUCUUAACCUGCAUUCACAUCCAUAUGUUUAAAAUGAAAGCUUAGGAAGGAUACAUAACAAAAUAACGUUCUUGACUUCGGACACGUGCCAAGAUUUCACAGCAAAACCCAGGGUCAGCUUGGGAGCAAAAACAGAUUCAGAUUUUCCUAAUUUUUUCAAGUCAUCAAAUAUACAAGUGCGUAGUACAAACCAAACCAAUUUUCUUUGGAUUUUACAGAGGAAAAAAAAAACUAAUGUACGAUUGCUCGGUUGCAACAUGGUUAACAUUUUUUGUUGGUUUAUAACUUGGGUCUAGAUAGUAAAGAAUUGCCAUGAGAUGUUAAUAUUUAUUUCGUGUAAUAAAUUAGAAUGAAGCAUA